AUGCGGAGACAAAGGAAGGUGCUCAGUAGGGAAUCUACGCAUAGUCCGGACACCAGCGAUGCGUCGGGCGAUGAACAGAUACUGCCUUUCAAGGUGCGCGGAGCACCAGUGAAGCGUCCUGCAGGAUACCAGCCGGAAUUGGCCUGCCUCGUUCCAUGGCCGUCCACGUCCCAAGCCGAUUCUGUCACUGCAACAGCUCUGAAUUCAGCUUUCGGUGUCAUAGCUCUAGGAAUGACGAACGGUCUCGCAUUAGUGGACAUCGCCCAAUGUGCAUUGAUUUAUGCGUGGACCACUCCCGAGCUGUAUGGUUCUGAUCCAACUCCUGCAAUACAAUUGCAAAUGAGUGAAGUUUCCUCGCCGAGUCCGAUAGAGGUAUGUCAUCAAACAUCGUUUUUAUUACAUCUCCUUUCUUCCCCAGUUUCUCUAUCUUCUUCGGGUGGCAUGCUUAGUAAAAAGUCUCCCAAAGAGCUUUACAUAGAGCUUGCGGUCAAGAGUGAUGGUACCAGUGACAGUUGAUC